AUGGCGGGAGAUAAGAAAGAUCCCGAGAACCCAGGCUCGACUCGGCCGGCGAUGACUGGCAGUGAAAACGUCGCAGGGUCUUCGGUACCUCCUAUGAGGUCAACGCCCUCGGUGCGGAGAAGCUAUGGGACUUUGGAUACGUAUAACUUCGACACAGCCUCCGAAUUACGCCAGGAAGAGGAAGACGAAUUCUCCAGUUACGCUUUUACCUCCUCUGCGGCCCCGGACCGGCCCAGGAAACCCUCGGUGACCCGUCGCAUGUCAUCCAAACGACCUGUCAAAAAGGGACGGGAGUUCUCGACUGACGAUGAUGUCAAAGAGGUCGAGGAAGAUUUCGCCCUACAGCAGGCUCCCGCAACUCCGCAGUCCCCCAGAAUUCGUCCCUCGCGUGCACAGAGCUCCAUCUUGAGACGACGAAUGAGUGCUCGGCCCAGCCCACUGGCCAGAGCGGACUCGGACAAUUUGAGUGGGGAUGAGACCGGGCUGCCGGAUCCGAGCAUGGAGGCUUCUGGCGAGCUUCCCUCUAUUCGUCUAUCCGAUGGGGGCAGCGAUGCGGAGAGCGUCGAUCACGACCAAGACAUCGAGGAAGAUGAAGACGAAACUAGCGAUGCCGAGAGCUUUACCUUGAAGGACCGACAGCAAGCCAUCAACGAGACCCAUCCAUUCGGAAUCAGAAUCUGGAAACCAGCCAUUUACAAGAAGAGUCGCUCGGUCGAAAAGACUGCAGACGGGGAUAUUCACUCGUCCCCCGGAGGUCGUGUGCACCCCAUAGUAUUUUGGGGCAACUUCUUAUGGUCCUUGGUUUUUGGAUGGUGGCUUGCUCUUGCUGCCCUGCUGGCUGCGGCUGCCUGCUUUUUCUUUGCCUAUUCGUCCAGCGCGGUGGCUUAUGGCCGGGUCUUCUGGGGCCUAUCGCGCUAUUUGCUCUACCCAUUCGGGUCCUUUGUUCUCUUGGAAACUGACGAACACUACGCGGAAGAAGACGAAGGCGAGGGACGCAGUAUCAGCGAAUAUGAGCAGUGGCAGAACGGUGAUCUGGAACAUGGCCGCCUCUUCUUUGGCCCCCGCAGGGAUCGCUCGCUGGUUGGGCGUCGCCGGAACAGUGUAGAUUCGGCCGGAGAACAAGACAGCCUCCUGGGCCGACCUCAGCGCGGGCAGGAAGACUCGCAGUUCAAUCAUUCGAAACGCCGUCUCUUUGGCCGUGGGGAAUGGACUCUCGGCCGCGUGGUGUUUUUUGUAUUCUUCUAUUUCCUCGUGGGCCCGUUGAUGCUUGCCGUGUCCCUCGUCUGCUGGCUGCUGGUAUUUUGGAUCCCGAUGGGCCGGGUGACGACCAUUCUGGUGAGCCAUCUCCGGCGCCAUCCUCUUGCGCUAUCGUUCCAUUCCGAUACAUCCCACGCUAGACUCAGUACUGCUGCAUCGUCGCCCUCUAUCCUCUUGUGCACCUAUCGAGCUGCCGGAACGAGAUACUGGAAGUACACGAUUGACGGCACAAACAUCUUCUUCAUCAACCUGCUCGGGCUGGUCGUUUUCGUAAUUGUCGACUACCACCUCCUGAGCAAAUUCCUGGGCAUGCAGAGCUGGUUGACGCACCCGGGACUUAUCUUCACUCUUUCUCUGAUCUCCAUCAUCCCUUUGGCCUACUUCAUCGGCCAGGCCGUGGCUUCGAUCUCGGCCCAGUCCUCAAUGGGCUUGGGUGCCGCCAUCAAUGCAUUUUUCUCGACCAUCGUGGAGGUGUAUCUAUACUGCGUUGCCUUGACCGAAGGCAAGGCCCAGCUCGUUGAAGGGUCUAUCAUUGGCAGUAUCUUUGCGGGUGUUUUGUUUUUGCCCGGUCUAUCCAUGUGCUUCGGCGCCAUCAAGCGUAAAACACAGCGGUUCAAUGUGAAAUCGGCCGGUGUAACCUCGACGAUGUUGCUGUUUGCCGUGAUCGCUGCUUUUGGGCCCACCCUCUUCUACCAGGUUUAUGGCAGUCACGAGUUGAACUGUCAUGCGUGCACCGGGCCACUCGACGCGGAGAGCCGAGACUGUCGCCAAUGCUACUUUUCGCAAACCGCAACGGUUCAGGAUAAGUUCUUUGAGAAAGCCGUUCAACCUUAUGCCUGGUUCGCUGCCUUACUUCUCUUCCUGUCCUACGUCAUCGGCCUGUGGUUUACGCUCAGGACCCAUGCGGCCCUGAUCUGGGCCGAGCAUGAAGAGAAAGAGAAAAGGGCCGCCAAUAUGGGUGCCGACUCGUUGACGUAUGAGCCAAGGCACGUGCUUUUCCCAUCCGGUGGUCCCGAAGCAUCCGGCGCCAAUUCCAGUCAAAAGGACUCCAUUCGGGAAUCCCAUCUGUACAAGCGAAUCCUAGGCCAAUCGCUAAGAUAUGUUGGUUUGGAGGAUGGUAGCUCGGGUAACUGGGAGCAGACGGACUGCGGCUCCACGGCGGAUAACAGGGGCAACAUACCCCAUCUUGUGCCUCCGCGAUCUGGUGGCGAUGCUACUCGUCCUGCACCAAAGGCUAUCCGCGGCUUGACAGGAGAGGAUAACGAGCGCCUGGUGCGACAAGUCGCGGAGGUUGCGGCCACGGCGGCCGCAGUAGCUGCUCGAGAUGCUACUCGAAGUCGCAAGCUUGGCCCAUCACAGACUGCCGGACGACAGGCCGGCCGCGCUCUUGCCGAGCAGGUCAAGCCCCCAGGGGAAGAACAGGAAGACGUUGGCCUCGUCGUAGAGCCCACCAAUGCUGGUGGAGGACAUGAUGCCCCGAAUUGGAGUAAAGCCAAGAGCUCCAUCAUUCUGUUGGGUGCCACACUGCUCUAUGCGGUCAUUGCAGAAAUCCUGGUCAACACGGUGGACGUGGUGCUGGAGAGUGUUGAUAUCGAUGAGAAGUUCUUGGGUAUCACUCUGUUCGCCUUGGUACCCAACACGACCGAAUUCCUGAAUGCUAUCUCAUUUGCUAUGAAUGGCAACAUCGCGCUGUCGAUGGAAAUUGGUUCUGCCUAUGCACUCCAGGUCUGCCUGUUGCAGGUGCCGGCUCUAGUUCUGUUCAGUGCCCUCUAUACUCGCGGUAUUGAUGCAGCCUCCCUGGCGAGCCACUCCUUUAACCUCAUCUUCCCCCAAUGGGACAUGAUCACCGUGAUCCUGUGCGUCUUCCUGCUGUCGUACGUCUAUGGCGAAGGCAAGAGCAAUUACUUCAAGGGAUCCAUCCUUGUUCUCACGUAUCUCGUGAUCAUCGUCGGGUUUUACCUAUCCGGAUACAGCAACAUGGAGAACAUGGGUGUGGAUCGAUUCGAUACUCUCGCUCUGGGUGCCAGCCGGUCCGAGAAGUUCUACACCAUCGGCCGCUCCACCACCGGCGUGGCAUACUAA